UGUGAACACUACUAUGUCAGCAGAACACCGUACCUAUUGACGACCAGAAGCCGCCGAAAGGGCUUCGUGGAAGGCAUUAUCUCCCCGGUUGAUGAUUGUUCAAUUCCACGUUUAACUGGGCUAGGAUGGUCGUAUGGCUGGGUUGCAGUGAACUCCAUGCCUCGGACCUCGGAUCCGAUCUGUCAGCUCUACCCCUCAGGAACAGCCCAUGCAACCGAAAACAGAACCAGCAAUUGCGACUCAUGCCACAGGAUUUAAUCUUAUCUAUACAUCAUGUCUGACGACGGAGGCUCUAAAAAUAAACAUGACGCGCAGUCUCGACAAGCAUCGAAGCGACUCCGUCAGAUUUCCUCGCAUCUGCCACCCGACUACUCCGAUGUGCUCUCUCACAUCAACACUCUUCGCACGCUAGUUGCAACGCCAGACCCUUCCCGUCGAGGAUAUAUCCGUCAAAAGCAAGCCGGGAAGCUGUGGGUGCGCGAGCGCCUCGAACAACUCCUGGAUCGCGACAGUUUCCGAGAAAUUGGCUCACUCUCCGGUACAGUGACAUGGGAGAAAACGGGUCCCAUGCGGGAGAGGCCCGUUUCCUUUGUGCCAAGUAAUAACGUCCAGGGCAUGGGGAGACUGCAGGGUCGGCAGAUCCUUCUAACAGCGGAUGAUUUCACCCUUCGCAGCGGACAUGCCGAUGGCGCUUCACACGAGAAAACGAUUUAUCUUGAGAAGCUGGCGCUGGCGCUGAAACUGCCGGUGGUAAAACUGGUUGAUGGAAGCUCAGGCGGAGGCAGCGUCACUACUAUCCGCACGGCGGGCUGGAGCUAUCUGCCGUAUGUAUCGAUGUACAAACACGUCGUCGAGCAAUUGAAUCAAGGCAUCCCGAACCUGGGGGCGGUUGUCGGGCCGGCUAUUGGUUUGGGAGCUGCGCGUGUUGUAUCCUGCCAUUUCUCCGUCAUGGCCGCCGACGUGGGAUCACUCUUUAACGCCGGACCAGAAGUGGUUAAGGGGGCCACGUUCGAGGAAGGGCUGGAUUUCCAGACUCUCGGCGGCCCAACGAUCCAUUGCACGAACGGCACGAUUGAUAAUCUUGCCGCCAACGAAGCCGACUGCUACGAGCAGCUGCGCACGGUGUUGAGCUACCUGCCCAAUUCUGGUCGGGAGGCACCGCCAGUAAUUACCACGGACGACCCUGAAGAUCGAGAGGACGAGGCACUGCGUCGAGUUAUACCCCGGCGGCAGACGCGCAUGUAUAACCCGCGAACGAUCAUCACUAGUGUCGUGGACACUGGGUCAUGGUUCGAGAUUGGUGCGCUCUGGGGUCGCACUGCCAUUGGGGGUCUGGCUCGACUGGGAGGGCGACCGGUGGGCGUGAUUUCACUCAAUUGCGAGGUCAAUGGAGGGGCUUUGGAUGCGGCAGGAAGUCAGAAACUUGCUCGCCUACUGAAGCUGUGUGAUGUGAUGAACCUGCCUAUCUUGCAGUUCAUCGACGUUCCGGGCUAUGCUAUUGGCACAGUUGCCGAACGCACCGCCACCAUGCGUUGGGGUGUGGAACUAGGCAAAACCUACUUCACCACCACGAUCCCAUUGUUUAACGUUAUUACACGACGAGCCUAUGGGGUGGCCGGAGGACUGAUGCUAGGUGCUCGCGAUCCAGUCAUGCAAGUGGCCUGGCCAUCAGGUCAAUGGGGCUCCCUGCCAUUGGAAGGUGGCAUUGAGGUCGCCCAUCGCCAUGAGCUGCGCGAGGCAGAAAAGUUGGGAGUGAAAGAAGCUCGAUAUAGUGAACUAGAGGAGGAGUACCGGCGAUUGAUGAACCCAGUGCGGACAGCGAAUGCAUUUGGCGUGGAGGAGAUCAUCGAUCCGAAAGAUACUCGGCGGGUGUGUUGCGCAUGGGCGCAGCAUGUGUAUCAGACCAUGUUACCAGAGAGGUUGGCCGAUCGCGCAGCAGGAAAAAUCCGGCCGGUUUUUGCAUAGGCUAGCUGCAUCGAUGCACUGUAGAUAUUUAUCCAUGCUGCCGUAUGUCAUAAGGAGGGAAUCGGGAAGAAAGAUUCAUACUGCGUUAAGUUACCAACUGAGACCACCAAGACCCCAACAAAUUAACAACCCACUGGGUUCUCACGGCUGCCCUUGACCCUGAAACCC